AUGGUUCUUCAAAGGUUAUUCGAUAUCGUACUUACCCUAGUAAAGAGUUCUUUGGCUUUGAGAGGACAUCAAGAAGACUUAAGUCAGAAAGGAUACCAUGGAAAUUUUCUGUCUUUUGUAGAGCUUGUCGCCCGAUAUGAUCACAUUUUGCGGCAAGUUUUGGAUAUGCCCAAAAGAUCUACAAGAUAUCUGAGUGCAACAAUUCAAAAUGAAAUGAUUGAGAGCUUGGGGACCAAACUCGAAACCCAUCUACUAGAACAAAUUAGAGCGUCACCGCUUUUUGCCAUCAUAAUGGAUACGGCACAGGACAUAUCGAAGGUAGAUCAGCUAAGCAUUGUUGUGAGGUAUGCAGUAAUAACCAGAUCGGAAAAUGGACAGCCAAUUGAUAUAGAAGUAAAAGAAGUGUUUCUAGGCUUUUAUGCAGCUAUUAAACAUGGCUCAGUAGAUUUAGUCAACCAAGUGACAACAUUAUUUAUCAACAAAAAUAUUGAUUUAAAAAAAUGUGUGGGGCAAGGCUAUGAUGGAGCCAGUGUGAUGAGUGGUGUGUAUAAUGGUGUACAAAAACAUAUUAAGGAUAUCCAGCCUAACGCAGAGUACGUACAUUGUGCCACUCAUAAUUUAAAUUUGGUGAUAAAUGAUGCCGUUAGCAGUUGUGUGGAAAUACAGAUUUUUUUCGCAACGUUGCAAGAUUUGUAUAACUUUUUCGGAAACAGCAUCAAACGUUGGGAUCUACUGUCAAAAUUCACUGGCGAAUCGGACACCACUCUAAAAAAACUAAAUCCGACUAGAUGGUCCAGUAGGGUCAAUACGAUAUCUGCAAUAAAACUUCGUUAUUUUGAUAUUAUCAAAGCAUUAUCAGAAAUAGUUCUAAAGAGUCCUAAUAAAGAUGAGCGUAGUGAAGCAGAGAGUAGUAAAACAAAAAUGCUAAAUUUCGAGUUCGUGUUGCUUUGCGAAUUCAUGCACAGUGUAUUGAACGACAUCAGUUAUGCAUCCAAAACUUUACAAAAAUGCGACAUCAAUUUGGGCGAGGCGAGUAAAGUUUUAGCAGAGACCAAAGCAAAGUUGCAAAUUUAUAGAAAUGAUUUCGAAUUAUUCAAGUGCAAAGCCAGUGAAACUGCAAGAAAAUAUGGUUUCUGUAGUAUCUAUGGACAGAGGAAAGUUCAACUGCAUGUUAUUGAAGUUGAGAAAUUAGAAGUGUUUUGCCAACUGAUUCAUGGUUUAUCUUUAGUGAACAAAAAGCAAAAGAAACAAUUUUUGAUGCAGUUUUGGAAUCAUGACCAUUGA